AUGGAUGGAGAAGAAGUUAAGGAAGGACUAGAAAUUAGGGAUGACGAAGAAGAAGGAGAAGAAAUGAAGGAAGGAGAAGAAGUUAGGGAAAGAGAAAAAGUUUGGGAUGGAGAAGAAAUUAAGGGAGAAGAAGAAGUUUUGGAUGGAGAAGAAGUUAAGGGUAGAGAAGAAAGUAUGGAUGGGGAAGAAGUUUGGGAUGGAGAAGAAGUUAAGUAG